GCCCCUGUAACAGACUCUGCACAAUGACUAAAAAGGAAGUGUUACACAAGCAACAGCAAAUUUGUGGGAACAGAAGACUGGUAAUGAGGAUGUAAAUAGGCUGAAGUGAUGUCACAGCUGAGAACAACUCCUGAUAAGCUGCUUGCAACAGCCAGACAUCUUCUAGCAAGGAGCAGGUCUAACACUGCCCCUGCCCAGGAGUUGCUUUGGGGACCCUACUGUCAGCAAGAAGGGAAGCCAGAGAACUUCUCACCAGUCCUGCUGCUCUCUAGAGCCCACAUCACCUCAGCAGCCCCGUGGUCUUCUCUGCACACCCACCGCCCCACAAACAGGCAUAAAUCCACUUGGCUUUGCUUCAAAACCUCAGCCACUGCAGAAUGUUCAAAAAACUCACCAAAUUCAUCGUAAAUCAAAUGGAUCCACGCAAAGAAUUGGUCCCUGUCGAGAGCAUUGCAUACAAUGAGCACUUCAGGCCUCUCUAUCUACUGAAAAAAAAGAGAAAAUCAAAAUCCAUGUUCCAUCCAGCUCCCUACUACCAGCAGACAGGGUUCACACUGCAUGAUGUGCUGCUGCCUGGAGAAGAUGGUGAAAGCACAGAGUCCCUCCUUCAAGAUUCCAACCAUAUUACUCUCACAAAAACCAGCGCUGACCAAGCUGAUGGAGGUCUCAGCAUUUCAUUUGACCCUGCAAGUGUAGAAAUGCAAGGAGGUGCCUCCUUGGCCAAGGCAAUUGCUAUCAAGCCACAGAAGAAGAGUGUAUCACUGGAAUCUCUGGAGGCACUGAGAAGAGAAAGACAAAUCAACAUGGAUCAUUCCUUCAUCCAACAAGUACAGGAAAGAGCCAUCGAUCUAUACGUGGUGACUGAAAUCCUCGAAGCCUCAGAGGAGACUGUGUACAGGCAAUCCACAAAGGCAGAUGGGGUCAUUAAUGUCAUGUGUCACAUUACAGUCGGUGCCAAGAGCACCAGGGAGGACAAACAAACCAUAGUCAUUCCCAAGGGCUGCACCCUGGCCUUCAGGACCAUGCUGCUACGCAUUAGAAAUGGAGCAUGGUGUAAGUAA